UUGUUUCAGAUAAAGAUAUAUGGUCUGUUUGUAUACUAAUGGGUGGUGAUGUUAUAUGUGUUCCUCACAGAGGUAAUGGGACAGAAACAGGACAAAGUAGAAUUCUUGACCGAUGCUGUUUUUGACUAUGAGAUCUUAAACCAAAGUGAGGAGGAGACACAUUCCAACAGCACAGAAUCUGUACACAGCCAAGGAACAGAUCAGGAUUAUGUUCAGGUACCACAACAGUGAGCACUCUUUCAGCCAGGGAGAAAAAAGGAUCAGUCAGAGUUAUGGCACAGAUGUUUUAUAGAAUGUCAGGACACCAAAUCCUCAGUUGAGCCUCACAGGAGGUCUGCAUGCCUCAAAAUUCGAAACACUUGAAAACAACGCCACUGGUACAGACGGUCUGGGCCUCUCUAGCGCUGUGGACAGCAACAGGCUUACAAAACAAAAAGGAAUGACUAACAAAACUUUGCUUUAUCCUAAGAAUUCUCCAAACAUGUUAGAAGGUUCUUGUCAAGGGGGUUCAACAGAUGAUCUUGGGCACAUUGAGAAGAAUGAGACACGGAUGGUGUAUGACGGACACAAUGGGAACAAAGAGGCAAGGGCAAUGGAAAAGAUCAGUGAGGAUGGAGAAACAAAGAGAAAAUCUUUGAGGAAGCACUUUUGCCCUCUAAUGGAACAGGCAGAAUCAGAAGAGACUAAAUUACUUGAAAGAAAGCCAUUCCAGGAUAAAGAAGUUUCAGAGGAUAACAAAGAGCAAUUCAAGGAUUCCCAAACAUCAUAUGAUGAUAAAUGUGAUCAGACCCAAAAUAGUUAUAAAAUUAGGAAAAAUUGUGAUGGAGUUUGCAACGAUAGUACUGUAACUCUUCAACAAGAUGUUUCUGAUGCAGACGGACUUGAGAAUUUGGAUAGAGCCAAUUCAUUGUGCCUGGGGAGUGGGACUUCAGAUUCUCAGUCAUAUUCAAGUCAGUCAUGGCUUUGGAGCUCAAGUAAACAUGAUAAUUUAGAUUUCCAAGAGGCCAAAAAUAUCAGUUCAGUAUCUCCCAGCAUGGUUGACGUAGCAACAUGUAUUUCUAAAGGACCUAAUUAUGUCUCACAGACACAUAGUCAUUGUGCAUCAAAACCAAAAGGAACAUUUACAAAAGACCAAAGACACCACACUUUCCAUACACCACUGCAAAUGUUGGGACAAGAAGAGACUAGAAGCCCAGAAUGCUCUGAAAUUAAAGAUUUGAAUGGUGGGAAUGGCGACACUGCAAGAGUGGCCCAGACAGCCUCUUUGCAACGGGAGAAAGAACCACUCUAUUUCUCCGCCGUGAUCACACAACCACUUCACAUUCAUGCAUUUUCUGAUCAGGAGAGAAGGAAGUCAUCUGACGUCUCCCAUUUACAUGUCCCUCACACUGAGAUGCAGACAAUGAUCCCUGACAUCCUAGCUGCAGAAACUUGGAAAACAGAGAAAAAGACGAAAAUCAAAGAACCACCACCUGUUCCAAAGAAACCAAAGAAUCCCUUUAAAAAGGCUGUUACCCACAAUAAAUCUGCUUCUCAUUCCAUUGAUGAGCCAAGCAAAUAUUCUGACCUACUGCUUAAAAACAUUAAAAUGGCCAGAAGGCAGGCGGCAGUGGAUUCCAUUGAGGAUUUCAAUAUGCGUGCAUCAUAUCUGGAUAUGUUACCUUAUUGCACAGUCUCUCCGGAGUCCCCAUCCUACAUGUGCAUGUCCAUAGGGUUUGAGCCUGAGGUUGAUAUUCCAAGACAUUACUUAGAAUUCUAUGAUAAACUUGCUGCACCUCACUGCGAUAACAUGACAGGAACUGUUGAUGAUUCUCAUGAUAAAGAACUAAUAGGUUUGGAUAUGUCUCAGCUGAGACCAUUAUUAGAGAAAAAAGCAAAAAUAAAGGGCCCACCCCCACCUGUUCCAAAAAAGGCGGGAAAUCAUUUUGCUAAGACGGACACGGAGAAGAUCCUCUCAAUUAAAGACUCUGUUUUGGCAAAUGUGGAAUGUCCCGUCAAAUAUGAUAAAGAUGACUCUGAAAGCUAUGUGCUGGGCAUUGUGGAUGAAGAAAACUCUAUACCCACCACAGUCUCAACCAGAUAUACUCAUGAUUCCUGUCAAAUUCCAAGCAGUGAUUCUUCUGCCUCUGAGGAAAAUGAAGUGUCCAGAUUCAGACCCGUCUCCGAACUCAUCAAAGAGUCAAACAAAAUCCAACAGAAAGUGAUAAAUCACAGCAGUACAAACAUUAUGGAAGCCAGGCCAGAUGUAAAAGUAUCACAGAUGAAGAGAGCCUUUAAUGUCCAAACAUUUCCCUAUAAAAUGGAAAGAAGAUCCUUGCCAAAGAAAGAAAUGAUCAGACGAGUGGUACGGCAGAGUAAAUUCCGUCAUGUGUUUGGCCAGGCGGUGAAGAAUGACCAAUGCUAUGAUGACAUCAGGGUUUCACGGGUUACCUGGGACAGUUCCUUUUGUGCAGUAAACCCCAAAUUUGUUGCAAUUAUUGUGGAAGCUAGUGGCGGUGGAGCUUUUCUGGUUCUCCCUCUGCAAAAGACGGGUCGUAUUGACAAGGCCUACCCCACUGUUUGCGGUCACACAGGCCCUGUGCUUGACAUCGACUGGUGCCCACACAACGAUCAUGUCAUUGCCAGCGGCUCCGAAGAUUGCACAGUUAUGGUGUGGCAGAUCCCUGAGAAUGGCCUCACCUCUCCUCUUUCUGAGCCAGUAGUGGUGUUGGAGGGCCAUUCUAAGAGAGUGGGUAUCGUGACGUGGCAUCCAACAGCCCGCAAUGUACUGCUAAGUGCAGGAUGUGAUAAUCUCAUCAUCAUUUGGAACGUGGGCUCUGGAGAAGCCCUGAUCAAUCUGGAGGAUAUGCAUCCUGAUGUGAUCUUCAGCGUCUGCUGGAGUCGCAAUGGCAGCCUCAUUUGUACUGCGUGCAAAGACAAGAAAGUGCGCGUCAUCGAUCCGCGCAAAGGGAAGAUCACUGCAGAAAAGGACAAGGCCCAUGAGGGGGCACGACCAAUGAGGGCCAUCUUUUUGGCUGAUGGAAACGUCUUCACCACCGGCUUCAGUCGUAUGAGUGAACGGCAGCUGGCCUUAUGGAAUCCAAAAAACAUGGAGCCAAUAUCUGUGCAUGAAAUGGACACCAGCAAUGGAGUGUUGCUUCCCUUCUAUGACGCUGACACCAAUGUUGUGUACCUGUGUGGAAAGGGUGACAGCAGUAUCCGUUACUUUGAGAUCACAGACGAGGCGCCGUAUGUGCACUACCUCAACACGUUUUCCAGCAAGGAGCCCCAGAGAGGCAUGGGCUACAUGCCUAAAAGAGGUCUAGACGUCAACAAGUGUGAGAUAGCCAGGUUUUAUAAACUUCAUGAGAGAAAGUGUGAGCCAAUUAUCAUGACUGUCCCUAGAAAGUCAGACCUCUUCCAGGAUGACCUGUAUCCUGACACAGCAGGCCCUGACCCUGCGCUGGAGGCAGAGGAGUGGUUUGAAGGCAAGAACGGCGAACCAAUACUGAUCUCCCUUAAACAUGGCUAUGUGCCAGGCAAGAACCGCGACCUUAAAGUAGUCAAGAAAAAUGUGCUGGAUAACAAGACUCCCAAAAAGCUGGAGGAGCCACCUAUUCCCCAGAAGCCUGCCGCCUCUCCCCAGUUAACCAAAAAGAAUGAAGUGAAGUUAGAGGAGCUGCUGCGAGAAGUGAAGUCCCUUAAAGAUCUGGUCACACUGCAGGACAGGAGAAUCGCCAAACUGGAAGAGCAGGUGGAUAAAGUGGCAAUCUAAGACACUGGUGCUGAUCUGAGCCAUUCUGUCAGUAUGGAGAGAGUGAGAUUUAGCUGGGGGGAAGGGGGGGGGGUGUCAGUCACUGCCAAAAUUCUCAAUUUGACUCAAUCAUUCCGCUUGGUGUUUCUCACAAAGACAACAUCAAGCAACAUUCCAAGAUGGACUUUUACUUUUUGUCAAGUCUCCCCCAAGAAUUUGCAUAGCAAAAAGGAAUAUAGUGGCAAUGGGUGGUCGUUGGUUUUAACUGAUUGUGAUGACAAGGAGAGUGGGGCUGGCCCUGAUGGCAUGUGUCCUCACGGCCCCACCCUCCUCCUUGUCACAUUGAUGUUUUACAUUUUGUUCAAAAUGUUCAUACUUUUUUGUUAUUGUAACAUUGUUUCAUCAGUAUUCUGAUAUUAACCAGUAUGUUACAGAGUGUUGUAUAUACACAUCAGUAUUUUAAUUUCCUUUUAUGUUGUGCUGCCAAAUUUGAGGUGACACAGUCACCUCUCCUUUUAUUUCUACUUUUGUAUGUUUUUUCCCAGUUGUAGAUUAGUUAUGUUUUGAAAAACAAGGAUUUACAUGUAAAACUAUUCAAAGUAGGACAUCAGUAAAGCAAAGGCAGUCUCAAAUGUGUUGAUAUGAUUUUGAAGUGAUGCAAAGGCUGUUGGUACUGCAGAAACGAAUCACAGAUAAGUGUAUGAUGUAGUGAAAUCUAAGAGCUGUCCAUAACCAUUCAUACUUAUGGAGUGCUUACAGCAAACAUGCAUACAUACACAGAAAUGAGCUGCUCAUUUGACACUUAGGAUUUUAAAAGCAGUCCAACAUCGUCCCUUGUGGUGAUCAUGUUAACUGGAGUUUAAAGCACUUGCUGCUUUGAGAUCAACAUAAUUCAUUAUAAAGCAUUCGACAACAGGGUUUUUCAGAAUAUACCACAAUAUACAGUGAGGAAAAUAAGUAUUUGAACACCCUGCUAUCUUGCAAGUUCUCCCACUUGGAAAUCAUGGAGGG